CAGAGAGAAGAGGAUCAGAGAAUAAACUGACAUCCUUCAUCAUCUCAUUCACAUUACAAAUUUUGAAUUCAACAGUAACCUCGGUGAUGAAGACGUGUCUGUUUCUACUCUUGUUUUACACAGGAGUCGUCCCCAUCGUCCGCUCUGUCUCUCAUAAGUACUAUCUGAUCAAUCAGGGGAAAACAUGGAGUGAUGCUCAGGCUUACUGUCGAGCCACAUACACUGACCUGGCGAUCAUUAAAAGCAAUGACGAUAUGGUACGACUUCAGAAUGAAGCCCAGAUACAACAGUUCAGUUCCAGUGCUUGGAUUGGACUGUACAAUGACGUCAAAAGCUGGCGCUGGUCUUUUGGAAAUGAGCCAUUGGGAAGUAUGAUAAAAUGGAUUUCAGGAGAGCCUAACAACUGGGGCGGACAUGAAGAGUGUGUUACAACAACUUCAUCGGGUUGGUCUGACUACACAUGUACAUGGAAGGGUCCCGUUCUCUGCUUUGAUGACAGACAAACUGGCAAUGGGAGAUACAUUUAUAUCUCUAGUCCAAUGACCUUUUUUGAAGCUCAGAGUUACUGUAGACAGCAUUAUACAGACUUGACCAGUGUGAGAAACACAACAGAACACCUAGCUAUACAGGGACUGGUCACUGGAAAUACCUGGAUUGGUCUGUUCAGAGACGCCUGGAAGUGGGUAGACAAAACCAACUUCUCUACCAUCAGUUGGAUGUCAGGAAAACCUGAUAAUGCACUGGAGAAUGAAAACUGUGGUUAUGUAAAUAACAGUCAGGCCGCUGAUGCACAGUGCUCAGAUGUAAUGCCUUUCUUCUGUUACUCAGAUGCAGAAAUAAUAAAAAAACAAAUCAUCAGACUGAAGAUCCAGUCCAAUCAGGAUGUUAACAAUCUGAUAUCACAGGCAGCCAUCUUAGAGCAGAUCAGACAAAAACUGAAGGAUCAUGGGAUGGCAGAGAACAUCACAGUGGAAUGGAGAAAGCAACCAAAUGGAGUAGUUUUUCACAAGGAGAAAGAAGGAGAUUAGAGCAGGAAAUAAGUGUAACCUUGAAGUCUUUAUGUUGAAGUGAUUUUCUUUAGGUUCCUGCUCGUUUUUAAAGAAUGUCUAUAGCGAUUACAGGUAUAUUAAUAUUUAAUCUCUUACUAUCUCUAAUAAGUGACGAGGAUGAUAGAGUGACUAUAAAAAAGUGUAUGCACCAUUAUUCAAAUUAAAGGUCAUUGAGGUAUUAAACAUGAAAUCAAUAUAAAUCAUAUUUAUCCUUAUCAGGGAGGCUGGAAAGAGAUCUGUGGCACCAUUACAGGAGCUGCAGGAAUUUCUGGCAAGUCCUGGUAACUCCCUGCAAAGAACAACAAUCUCUCAUGUUCUUCACAUGUCUAGGCUAUGGGGUAGGGUGGCUAGAUGGAAGGAAUUUUUUUUUUAAAAGAGUCAAGAUAGAGGGAAUCAUGGAUAGCUCCAAAAACUAAUCUGUUCUUGCCUAAGACCUGUAGGCGUCUGUUAGACAGCUGAAGAUGUAGAUAAAAAGUUCACCUUCCAGCACGAUAAUGACCCAAAACACAAAUCCAUGUCAACAAUGGAAUGGCUUCAAACGAAGAAGAGCUACAUUUUGGAGUAGUCCAGUCUGAGCCCAGAUUUAAACCCUAUCAAAACCCUGUGAAAUGACUUGAAGAGGGCUGUGCACAGGAGAUCUCCUCACGCUUUGUUUAGACCUGGAGAAGUUAGCAGAUCCUUACCCAAAAAGACUGAGUGCUUUAUUACAAGCAAAACAUACUUUAACAAAGUAUUAGUUAAUUAGUAAAUUAGUUAAACACUUGUUUAACCAUGUUAUUGGAAGGGUUUUUUCUUCUUUCUCUUUUUCACUUGGUUAAUAUAUCACAUUAAAGGUGGAAAAAGAUCUGGCGUAAUUUAUCAUAAUUAAAUUUUUUACAGCGGUAAGCAGGGGUGUGUACACUUUUUAUAGCCACUGUAGCACUAGUAAUCUCUGGUGGGAAGUUUUAGAUGUUAUUUAAAUUAAAUUGAGGGUGUGACACAUUUAAAAAACCUUUAGACUGAAAGAAAAUUGUAAAGUAGUAAAUGUCUAUUGUAAUAUCUGUAAUUUGAUUGUGAAGGUGUAAAUAAAAAAGUUAUUA